ACCCCAAUUACUUGAUGCUUAUUGCUCGCUUAUGCUGGCCGGCUAAUGGGAUAUCCACCAUCUGGUGGGUAGACCCUGCCCGGCGUACCACAGAACGUGGCCAUAAAAAUAUUGGUAGUAAAUAAUGUUUUGAUGCAAAUAAAGAAUUACAAACCCUUAUAGAUUAAUGUUUAAUAUUCAUAAAGCAAAACAUUCUGUUGAUAGUUGCUCGUCUUUUUCUAUCGUUACGCCAACAGAAUUUACGACCUUUUUCCUUUUCGCUUUGGAUUCCAUCAACAAGUCAAGUGUCUUCUUCAUAUUUUAUGUUAAGAGUCCUGACUUUUGUCUAUAAACAUCACCAAUAUUGUCUUACAACUCAUUUUUACAGCUACCUCUUGAAAAAAAUCAGUUUGUAUCACAGCAACUGAGAACAAAUGGCUGAAGGCAUUCUAUCUAGUGUUGCGGGCAAAAUCUUGGAAGGGUUGGGAUCCUUGCUUCUCCAAGAAGGCAAAUUGGCAUGGGGUGUUAAGGAUGAGAUUCAAAAACUCAACGAGACUGUCAACACUAUCAAAUCAACACUUCUUGAUGCUGAGGAGCAGCACAACAAAAUGAAUCAACAGCUAACCAAUUGGAUCCAGAGGCUUAAAGAUGCUUUUUAUGAUGCAGAUGACUUGUUAGAUGAUUUCUCUACUGAACUUCGACGGCGAGAGGUGAUGACUGGAAACAAAUUGGCAUAUGAGGUACGAAUCUUUUUCUCCAAAUAUAAUCAAAUUGCAUAUAGUCUUAGAAUGGCUCAUAAGAUUAAGACUAUCAAGGAGAAACUCGAUGAGAUUAAAAAUGAUAAGCAGUUCCACUUUUCUGAGCACCUUGUUGAAAAGGGAGUCAUAAGUAUAGAAAGGGAAACUCAUUCUUUCAUACGUGUAGAAAAGGUAAUUGGAAGAGAUAAUGAUAAAGGUGAAGUUAUAAGACUUGUAUUGAACUCAAAUGAUUUUGUGAAUGUUUCAGUUGUUACUAUAGUUGGACUAGGAGGAGUAGGAAAAACCACACUUGCUCAACUUGUUUAUAAUGAUGAGAAUGUCACAAACUAUUUUCAGUUAAGGAUGUGGGUGUGUGUCUCUGAGGAUUUUACUAUAAAGACAAUUGUCGAAAAAAUAAUAAAAUCUGCAACUCGUAAAGAACUUGGAAAUUUUCAUUUGAACGAAUUGCAAGAAUUCCUCAGAAAAGAAAUUGAUGGGAAAAGAUAUCUACUAGUUUUGGAUGAUGUAUGGAAUGAAAAGCAGAAUAAAUGGGAUGAAUUGACUGAUCUAUUAAUGAAUGGUUCAAAAGGAAGUAAGAUACUAGUUACUACACGUGGUGAAGUAGUUGCUAAGGUUACUAGCAAACUUGAAUCUUAUGUCUAUACGUUGACAGGACUAGAUGAAAAAAAGUUUUGGCCUUUGUUUACCCAGAAAGCCUUUCAACAUGGGGUGGAACCAAAAGAUUCAAAAUUAAUAGAGAUAGGAAAAGGGAUUGUAGCAAAGUGUGGUGGAGUUCCUCUUGUCAUAAUGACAAUAGCACAAUUACUGUUUAGUAAUAAUAAGGAAGAUGAUUGGCUGAAUUUUAAGGAAAAUGAAAUGUCAAAGGUGAUUAAAGAAGAAAGUGAUAUUUUACCAUUGCUCAAGCUCACUGUUUUCAUUUUAACGUUUCUUAUUACAAGUCAUAACAUAUCUCAUUGUCUCUCUUUAUUAUAACA